AUGUGCGGGCGAAUGAGCUGCACGCUGCAUCCUCGGCGUCUUCGUCGAAUUGCGGGUCUCGUUUCCUCGCCACUUUCUGCAUCUUCCGAGUCUAAGAAGGCCGAGGGAACGGACAGCGUCGAGCCCGCGAAGAGCGAGGAGUCUCGCUGCCCCGUAACCGUGAAGCACGAAGCAGCCGCGGCCCCUGCGCCUUCCGUCCCUUCCUCAGCCGCAACCUCGCACCUGGCUAAAACCGCAACGAAAGAAGAAACCGACACCCAAGAGGACAAAAAAAUCCCACCCUUCUCUGCUCUUUCUCCCUCUUCUUCUCCCUCUUCCUCUUUUUCUUGCGCGUUUCCGGGUGAAACGGAUGCGUUCGACUCUCAUUUUCCCCGCCCACGGUUCAACGUUUCCCCGACGUGCUCAGUGCCGAUCAUCGAGGAGGCGACUGGGCAGCGUCGCUUGCGAGCGGCUAGGUGGUAUCUGAGGGUGCCGGGGCAAGCGCCCGGCGCAAACGGGGAAAAGGCGCUCUCCUACCAUACUUUCAACGCGCGCGCAGAAGGCCUGACCCAGUCCCGACUCUAUCGGAGACUCCUCGAUAAGCGACGAUGUGUCGUCGUCGCUGACGGCUUCUACGAGUGGAAGAAACCACAAUCUCCGGGCGAAACGAAGAAACAGCCGUUUUUCAUUCGGUACAAAUCCUCUGUGCCAGAUGCGACAAUUCCAAAACGUCGCGCUGAACUUGGCGGGAUACGAAACGUCCAGGCAGGCGCGCCGAGCGAAGAGACGCCGAGGGCCGUUUGUGGGAAACGCGAGCGUGACGGAGAGGAGACGAAAACCGAGCAAGUCGAGCAUAAAAGACCGCGAGAACAGCUGCAAGAAUCGCCUUCAGAGACUGCUGCAUGCGCGCCGGGGAAAAGCGCUGGUUGGCCGAGCGCCCUGAAGGAGUGCGAAGCUCCUCUGCUGUUCGCGGGCCUCUUCGACGACGAUCCGCUGCAUGCAGCUGGAUCCUCACCUGAGACGCGCGACUGCUCGGCGACAAUUCUGACCAUGGAAAGCUCGAGCACGCCGAUGGCGGAAAUCCACACCAGGAUGCCAGUCCUUCUGUCUCCGGAAGACGCCUCGACGUGGCUAAACACAGAGGAAAACGCCUUCUCGGAAAUCUUUCCGCAACUCCUCAGCCGCUCCAAACAGCUCUAUCGCACGGCUCUUCAGUUUUAUCCGGUGACGCCGCGCGUGGGAAACAGCCGUUACGAGAGCUCGGACUGUGUCCUUCCUCUCUCUCAAGGAAAAGACGGCGGCUCAAGGGCGCCUCUGCCCAAAUCUCGGGGGAUGCGGACCCUCGACUUCUUCCUGAAGCCUGCCACGGAAAAGAAAAAAUGA